CUACUGCAAAGUUGUCUGCAUCUACGUGAAUCACCAGCUAUCGAUUACCGCUCGGACAACGGCUUCAGCAAGUAAACAAAACCUUGACAUCGAGGGAGAAGAGUAUUUUUGCAGUCCCUAAUCUUAAAAUUAAAUCUUAAAAUUUAGCAGUUCCAACAAAAGUAUAGAUGCAUGAGCGCAUGAUUCGGGCGAUCCGCGUUGUGGAGUUGCUGGCUAUUUGCCUUUUGCUAGGCCAGGCCCUGCUUUACGGCACUGCUGAAGCUCUAGAAGAGUCGUCGGAGGAACAGCUCAUUGGCUGGCGAGGCGAAACAUACAGCGGCCAGCAACCGCCCCCUGCGGUCUCUGACCCCGAAGUCGGCUGGAUAGAGACCAUUUCAUGGGCUCCACGAGCAUUCAUCUAUCAUAACUUCCUGGCGCCCGAGGAAUGUGACCACCUCAUAAGCCUCGCAAAGCCAAAGUUGGAGCGCAGUCAGGUGGUGGGGCCGCCCAAUCAGACCAUCGACCCCAUCCGAACCAGCUUCUCAGCUAGCAUCGGGUACGGCGCAACCCCCAUCGUCAAGUCCAUAGAGGAGCGGAUAUCGCGAUGGACGCACCUGCCCAUAUCGCAUCAGGAGCCCAUGGAGGUGCUGCGCUACGUGCACGGACAGAAGUACGACGCACAUUGGGACUGGUUCGACAAGUCUGAGUACAACGAGCGGGAGGGCAACCGGCUGGCCACGGUGCUCAUGUACCUGUCUGACGUGCCUCGCUCCGCGGGCGGUGAGACGGCCUUCCCGCUGGGGGUGCCCAUCGACGAGGCGCGGCAGGGGGUGGAGGGGCGCGGCUACUCGGAGUGCGCGGGCAGGAGCGGCAUCGCCGUGCGGCCCAGGAAGGGCGACGUGCUGUUGUUCUGGGACCUGGAGCCGGACGGUCAGCAGCCCGACCGGCACAACCUGCACGCCAGCUGCCCCACCUUCGCGGGUGGGACCAAGUGGACCGCCACCAAGUGGAUUCACAACCGGCCCCUCAUACCGGGGUGAGAGCAGCUGGUGUGGCGGGGUGGGGUGUAGGGCACGGAAGAUGGUGGAGCGUCUGCAUGUGUAGGUGACGAGCGUUCCCUGCAUGUGGAGAGGUAGAGAUGGCAGUGCGGCCUAGCGGCGAGUACUGCCGGUGGUGAUGAGCUGAUGGCAGGGUUGUCAGGUUGGCUGGUGGUGGUGACGGCUGUGACUACCGAGGUGCUGCUAGAUGCAGAGAGGAGAGAUGGAUGUGGCUUUCCUGUGCAGACCUUUUGCUGGUCCUGGCCGCCUGAGUGUUGCACAUACGCAAUGGACGAGGGGGCAGUUGUCCCUGCAUUCACCUAACUGUGUUUGCAUGCGCAAUCAGCUGUGAGCGUGUGUACAGUGACGGUGAGUUAGCUGAUGCGCCAUGGGA